UUAAAUUAUUUGUAACAUUCUAAAUUUUAGUUUGGAACCCAAAGAAACAUAAAACUCUGUCAAAAUGUCGCUUUAUGGAACAGAUAUGGAUUUUAGGACAAUCUACCGAUUGGAUUACACCCAGAAGAAAGGAUCAUUACUGCCAUACACCCCACCACAUGAUUCAAAUCCCGUGUCCUCCCCUUGGAAGCAAUAUCUAGUUCCUGAUGAGAGUUUGAAACACCUGUUGCCUGCUGAUGCUGUUUAUGAGGAUCCUGCUUGCGUUCUUCACAGAGCGUAUCAAAAUCACAUGCCAGAUCUGAAAUUGGCAAAACAACAAUAUCAGCGAGAUGGGCAAAGUUUAUACCAAGUUGAUUUCUGCAAGCUUGGUGAUUUUGAGUCCAAGAAAACGCGUGACGCCAAGAUCGUGCCUCUGCCACCGAACUGGUCGACGCCCUUGUCCACGCAGCGAUGCUCGUACAGGGACCCCAAGUCCAUCAUGACGCUGGCUGCGGAGCCUCCGAGAUUUCGCUACAGAGACAACCUCGUGCCGAACGAGACGGAGCGGCGCAUCCUAAGAGUGAGCACCGGGGUCUCGGACUACAUGGGCAACGUGGGGUCGCUCGGGGACUUCAUCCUGCGAGAGAAGCUGCACGGCGCGGGCAAGCCGCGCGGCAUGUCCGUGUGGGAGGUGAAGCGUCGCCUGGCGCUCCUGGACCAGGGCGUCAUCGUGGAGGACUGACCGAGGGACUGACGCCAAGCCCCUGCCGCUACCUGCAACCACCACCACCACCAUCAACGAUUGAAACUAAAGGAACGCAAAUUGCAAAACCACUUGUUGUUGCUCAUGCUCUCCGGCGCAUCGUGGAAAUUAUCGCGGCCUGCUGCAGCAUUCGGCCAGCGUUCGCGGCGACCCCGAGGGACUCGGCGUGCAGAUCAGCGACCCCGUUUUGGACAGUUUUGCCGGCAAGGGCAUCCGCCAUCCACCAGCCGCGGCCGCUGAAAAACAUUACAUCGGCAGCCUUGAGGAGGGGAGCUCGCCGCUCGCGGACCGGUGCACGGCUCGGCCCAUGGCUCGGCGCGGACCGGGAUCGGGACCGGAGCGCGGCCAAAGA